AUGGAGAAAGAGUUUGAUGCUAUUGUUUUUGCUAUCGGCUACAAAAGCGUAGCUAAUGGAUGGCUAAAGGAUUACCAAUAUGCUCUUAAUGAGAAAGGAUUCCCUAAAACCCCUUUUUCAAAACAUUGGAAGGGAGAUCAUGGAUUAUACUGUGCAGGACUAGCAAGGAAAGGUUUGUUUGGAGUAAAAAAGGACGCUAAGGCAAUUGCAGAAGACAUCAACCGAACUCUUAAGUUUGAGAAUUAA